AUGUCUGAGAAAUCGUUGAAUCGUGCCCGAUGGGUGUCGAGUGUGGCUGCGACAUGCAUCUCUUUAGCAUGCGGGACAAAUUAUGUCUAUUCAGCAUGGGGACCACAGUUCGGCGCAAGACUCAAGCUCUCAUCGACAGAGCAGAACCUGAUAGGCGCUUUUGGUAACUUGGGGAUGUAUGCUAUGGGAAUACCAGUUGGAAUGUUUGUUGAUACGAAAGGACCUCGACCGGCCGUUAUCUUUGGGGCUAUCAUGCUCGCUGCAGGCUACUUUCCUCUACACCAGGCAUACGAUGCAGGUUCAGGCUCAGUGCCACUGCUAUGCAUCUAUUCCCUCUUCACAGGUUUUGGCGGAUGUGCAGCCUUCAAUGCUGCUAUGAAAACAUCAGCGUUGAAUUGGCCCCAUCAUCGUGGUACUGCGACGGGGUUCAACUUAGCGGCUUUUGGAUUGAGCGCAUUCUUCUUCUCAACACUGGCUCAGUAUGCCUUGCCAGGGAAUACAGGAGACUUCCUGAUGCUACUGAGUGUUGGCACGUCUGGUAUUGCUUUUAUAGGAUUCUUCUUCCUUCGAGUCUAUCCGCACCCCCACUAUUCGGCAGUAUCUACAAACUCGGGGAGGAGACUUUCGGAUUCUCAGCGUCUACAUAGGACAAGAUCGGCGGAGGAAGGAAAACACAAGGCAGAUCAGACAGUCUUAGAACCAGGAGAAGACGCACCUGAAUCCCUUUUGGUUGUAUCAGACGAGACGUCCUCCUUAUUGUCAACAACUACAUCUUCUAGCCCUGGAGAUGCACCUGAAGAACCGAUUGUUAAGGACCAUGCUCAUCGUGUAGAUAUCCGUGGGUUCAAAAUGUUGGUCCAGGUUGAGUUCUGGCUGCAGUGGGCCAUCAUGGGCUUGCUCACUGGUGUUGGAUUAAUGACUAUCAACAACAUCGGAAAUGACGCCGCAGCUCUUUGGCUCCACUAUGACGAUUCAGUGUCCAACGACUUCAUUGCGAAGAGUCAAGCAAUGCACGUCUCUAUUCUGUCGCUCGGCAGCUUUACUGGUCGUUUGUUGAGUGGUAAGUAUACAUGUAGCUCACAAUUAUCAGGUAUCGGUUCCGACUUUCUCGUCAAGGUUCUCCAUGCAUCUCGUUACUGGUGUCUCUCGAUCGCUUCUCUGAUUUUCUUGCUAUCUCAAUUCUUCGCCUUGAGCAUUGAAAAUCCCAACUACCUCGCUUUUGUGUCUUCAUCUACUGGUUUGGCGUACGGAUUUCUCUUCGGUUGCUUCCCUUCAAUUGUCGCCGAGGCAUUCGGCGUACACGGUUUCAGCACAAACUGGGGGUUCAUGACGUUAAGUCCCGUCGUCAGUGGAAAUGUCUUCAACGUUUUCUAUGGCACGGUCUUCGACGCCCACAGUAUUGUAAAGCCAGAUGGUUCUCGGGAGUGUACAGAAGGUCUCGCAUGCUACAAGGCGGCUUAUUAUAUCACCAUCACCUCUUGCCUCAUCGGCUUGGCUGUAAGUCUGUGGACCAUGUGGUAUGUAACGAAGAAGCGGAAGGAGGAAGACAGACAGAGGGAAUUCGAAGAAAGAGAGGCUUAGAACUAGAACGGACCGGAACAAUGAUGUACGGAUACAAAUCUUGGAUGGCGUUUAACGGCAAGCGAUGAUAGACUCGAAAGCUAGGCGUUAGGAUUGGAGAUUCUGCUAAGACCGGAUAUAUAGACGGACUUUGUCCUUUUCCGAAAUCAUUUCUUUUCAGCGUUCACCUGGUCUUGAUUGUUAGUUAGUCCUGCCUUUAAGAGCCCCAGUCGGUUCGGCCCGUUGCCUGGUCCA